GCAGCCAUUGAAAUGCAUGUCUUUUGUGUAGCUCUCUAGUUCCCCUUGCAAAGGUGAAAGCUUUUGCUGGACUCGUGUUUGUUUUGGUGAAGAAUAAUGCUUUGGAUUGGGAGUGAAGAAAUGAGCCUAGACAAGCUGCUGGAGAGACUGAAUUCUGUAUCCGAAUGCACGGAUGAGAUCAUGCAGCAAGACACAAGUCCGCUACAUGCUGUGGAAAUUGAAAACCAGCUGACGAAGCAGUUUGCCUUUCUGUCGGGUGGCCGAGGAGAAAACAGCUGUCCAAUCAUCACCUUUCCAGAGUACCCAGCCUUCGCGGAUAUCCAAGACAAGGAGUUCCAUGAUGUGCUAACAUAUCUCACCAGCAUUCCAAGCUUGCAGGCAGCCGGAGUCGGGUUUGUCGUCAUCAUAGACCGGAGGCAGGACCGAUGGAGCUCCGUGAAAGGCACCCUUCUGCGCAUAGCGGGCUCCUUCCCUGGGAAUCUGCAGCUUGUCUUGGUUCUCCGCCCCACUGGCUUUCUGCAACGCGCCUUAUCUGACUUUGUUUUUAAAUUCAACAAGGAUGAAUUUAAAAUGAAGGUGCCGAUCAUCAUGCUGAGUUCAGUGACAGAAUUGCACAGUUACAUAGAGAGAACCCAGCUCACCCAAGAACUUGGUGGUACGCUGAAAUAUUGCCACAAUGGGUGGAUUUCCCGCAGGAUUGCUAUUGAAGAUUUUGCGCUAAAAGUGAAGAAGACAGCUCAGAUCCUGCAGUCAUUUGGGACUGAACUUGCAGAGACUGAAUUGCCAAAUGACGUGGAAGCCACCAAGAGCCUCUUAACACAACACACGGAAAAGAAAGUGAAAAUGAAGACUGACCUGAGGAUGGCUUUGGGUCAAGGCCACGAACUGCUCAAGAACAUCAAUGAGCCGCUCGACAAGGACCCUGAUUACAAGCUCAAUCAAGAUGAAGUUGAAAACCUGAACACAGUUCAGAGGUUGCAGGGUCAGCUGAAUGAGACAGAAGCCGCUUUUGAUGAGUUCUGGGACCGGCAUCAUCUUAAGCUUGAGCAGUGCCUGCAGCUUCGCUACUUUGAGCAGGACUUCCGAGAGGUAAAGGCAUCCUUGGAUUUGGAAUCUGAGCGACUGUCAUCAUCCUCAGACUUUGGAAACACCUCAGCACAUGUGGAGUACCUUCUGCGGGAGCUCACCAGCCAUGAGGAGAAAACCUGUGAACUUCUAGACAGAGCAAAGGACCUUGCAUCUGAGGGGGACAAGCUUAUCAGGGACAAUCAUUAUGCAGUGGAUUCUAUUUCCCCCAAAUGUAAUGAACUCCGACUUUUGACAGAGGAUUUGGCUGCCUGUUUACAAACAAAGAAAGCACAACUUCAUAAGUCACUGGAGCUGCAUCAGUCACUGGAAAGGGCUGCCCAGUGGUGUGAUGAAGGCAUCUAUCUGUUAGCCUCACAACCUGUGGACAAAUUUCAGUCUCAAGAAGGCGCCGAGUCCGCCUUACAGGAGAUUGAGAGGUUUUUGGAGACUGCUUUAGGCCAGAGGCUAGAUGACAUGGGAUUGCUUUCUAAGGAUUAUGUCAGCAUACUGAAUGAUGAAUUCAAGGAGCGCAUCCAGAAGGUGUUCCAGAAGCAGGACACAAUGCAGGAAAUGUUUGAAAAACGGCGGAUGAGCCUGAAGAAGUUGGCCAUUAAACAGGCUCGUCCCGUUCAGCCAGUGGCUCCAAGGCCUGAGGCUUUCAUCAAGUCUUCUCGUUUAUCUCCAGGGUCACGCAGAGCUUCAGAGAACAGCUUGAGCCCAGAUCAUGAUGCCUUACACAGGCCGAACUUUCGAAAGGGAGAUGUAGACACAAGCAUUAAAAACAGGAGUGAAUCUGUGUCUGAGGAAGAAGAAAACCUUUCAGUGUUAAGAAGACAUGUAAUGAACGAACUGAUUGAUACGGAGAGAGCCUAUGUGGAAGAGCUGCUGUGUGUCCUGCAGGGCUACGCGGCAGAAAUGGACAGCCCACUAAUGAGCCAUCUACUACCAGCUGUGUUACACAACAAAAAGGACAUCCUCUUUGGUAAUAUGCCUGAAAUCUAUGAGUUCCACAACAGGGUAUUUCUUAAAGAACUGGAAAACUACGCUGACUAUCCUGAGCUUGUGGGGAGGUGUUUUCUUCGACGGAUGAAAGAUUUACGAAUCUAUGAGAAGUACUGUCAGAAUAAACCAAGGUCAGAGAGCUUGUGGCGGCAGUGCUCAGACUGCACUUUCUUCCAGGAAUGCCAAAGGAAGUUGGAACAUAAGUUAGGCCUGGACUCCUAUUUAUUAAAGCCCGUGCAGAGGAUAACCAAAUACCAGCUUUUGCUAAAGGAGCUGCUAAAAUACAGUAGGGGCUGCGAGGGAGCUGCUGAUCUUCAGGAUGCUUUGACUGCAAUUUUGGGGAUUCUUAAAUCUGUCAAUGACUCCAUGCAUCUCAUUGCUAUUACAGGAUUUGAUGGAAACUUAAAUGACCUUGGCAAAUUGUUAAUGCAAGGAUCUUUCAGUGUAUGGACGGAACACAAGAAGGGGCACUCAAAGGUCAAAGACUUGGCUCGCUUUAAGCCCAUGCAAAGACAUCUCUUUCUUCAUGAGAAGACCUUGUUGUUCUGUAAAAAGAGAGAAGAGAAUGGAGAAGGCUAUGAAAAGGCACCUUCAUAUAGCUUCAAGCAUUCCUUAAAUAUGAGUGCUGUUGGAAUCACUGAGAAUGCCAAAGGAGAUAAUAAAAAGUUUGAAAUCUGGUGUAAUGCCAGGGAGGAGGUGUAUAUCAUUCAGGCUCCUACGCCAGAAGUAAAAUCUGCUUGGGUGAACGAAAUCAGGAAGGUGUUGACGAGCCAGCUCAAUGCUUGUCGAGAAGCAAGCCAACAGCGAUCGUCUGAGCAGUAUCCUGCGCCUGGCACACCCAUCAGUUCCAGUAGUCCCUUUAAGAGCAGUUCUCGGAUCUCCAAGAAGAGUGAUGAGAGGAAGUGUGAGCCAGUGAGUCCAGAAGGCCAAUCACUUAAUCAUUUUGAGAAGAGCCGAGAUGAUGCAGUGACUAGCCCAACCUCGGAUCGCUCACCACUUUCUAGAAAGCGGUUUACUUUGCAGGGCUUCAGUAACCUUAAAAGUCAGAAAGAAUCAUCACCUCCUACAGCUAAAAGCCGAACACUGCCACUAGCACUUCUGUCACGCCCAGGAUCUCCACCGAGCCCUGACAAUAAGACUAAGCGGCAUGAAAUAAAGAGUGAUCCUACUCCAUUUGGUUUUAGAGGCUGGACUGCAACAACCCAUUCUCUGGAUGCAUCGGAGGAAAAUGAAGGGUAUUCAAGUGGUGAGGAACCAUCCAAUUCUUCAGAUGCAGAAGAGGAUUGUGGGAAGAAACUGUUGCCUGGUAAAUACACUGUAAUAGCAGAUUAUGACAAAAGGAACGCAGAGGAGUUGAUUUUCAGAAGUGGAGAAGUUGUGCAGCUAAUAAAAGAAGGGGAACAUGGGCAGUGGUUUGUGAAGAAUAUGAGUACAGUCAAAGAGGGUUGGAUUCCUGCUGCACAUCUGGUGACAUUAAUAGGGGGAUCCAAGUCUUCCCAGUCUUUGAGCAGUUCAGAGUCUUGCGCUGCAUCCAGUAACCUGAGCGCCUCGUCCAGUUGCAGCGACAGUUACACAGCCAGCAGCACCAGCAUGUCUGACAUCAAAGGCUAGGCAUCUCGGGUCUGAGUGGGCAAGUCCAGUUUGUGCAUCCAGAAGAUGACGUUCACGCAGGAGAGCCGUCAGGCUUGGGCAUUGUGUCCUUAUUUAUUAUAUGCAACCAAGUGAGACUGAUAUUGACAGCCAAGUGUUGAAAGGGACGGUCAAAGAACUUGUUUUCAAGGUCCUCCUUGAUCCCACAGACUUCUCCCGAAUUUAACAAGCACGUUCUCUUCCAAGAGAAAUCCACCCAGUCACACUUGAGCCAUUCCACUAUUUCCAUGUGCAUCAUGUGGGUUUUGAAAAGAAAUCCUGUACUGAAAUUGAGCCAGCACUGUGUUUACUUUGUACAGACGGUGAGGCCGUCACUUUGUCUUGGACAUCUCGGCCAGCAUAGUGUUUUUUCUUGUUGUCUUGUGUACGUCUUGUGACCGUUUUCCUGCUGCUUGUCCUACUCUUUUAUGUAACCCUUAACUUUCGGAGAGCAGAAAGGGGAGCAAAUUCUUAUCAGCGUUACCUCAUUUGAUGAUUUCCCCCUUUUUUGCUUUUUUUCCUGAAUAAGAGACAAAGUAGUAAACUGUGACCCCCAAACAGGACGAUGCCACAGGUGUCUUGUAAAUACUGUACAUUUCCAUACAGCCUCAAGAUCUGUGUAUAUAUUUGAAUGCUUGGUGUGUCUUGGGCUGUGAAGAUCAGAAAAGCAAUAGGAAUGAAAAUGAAAAGCACUCGCCGUGAAGGAGGAGCACCAACAGGACUGUUUUAGAGUUUGGCACCACUUUGUCAUCUAGUGAAAGCCAAUCAGAAUGCGGAUUCAAGAUUGUGUGUUUGUGGGUGUGCCAGAGUUGGCGGGGCUCACCGUUUACAGACUCCUUUACCAGUGUGUGCUUUCCCACAUUUGUCCAUUUUCUUUCACAGCGAUCCUUUUAAUUUGCACUCCAGGUCACUCGACUUACUACUGUACCUUUUAGCACUUUAUGCGGCACGCUGCAGCACAUUUCACUUUUUUGUAUGAUAAAAAUUGAAAGAGUAUAUGUAACUAAAGUGUAAUCUGAAUAAAGCUCAGUCGGUGGACGGCUAUAUUUUUCAAUU